AUGAGCCCUGCACGCGAUACAUCCGCAUGUCCAGUUCUCACUGGACCCAACAAUUUUCAGAUAUGGAAACUCCGGAUCAUCUCAAAGCUAUGUCGGGAAAAAGUUCUCCGGGUUGUUACUGGAGAGGAGCUUAAGCCCUCACCAGGAAAACCUACCUCCUCGGAGGAUCCUGAGAUCACCUGGAUACUUAAGGAUGAAAAGGCACAUGGAAUCAUCUAG